CUCUUCAAUUAUUUGAUUUUUCUGUGAUUGUUGAAGGUUGAAGACAAUGUCGGAUGAGGAAAGAGAGGAGAGGGAGUUGGAUCUCACCUCUCCUGAAGUCGUCACUAAAUAUAAAUCUGCUGCUGAAAUUGUUAACAAGGCAUUGCAGUUAGUGUUGUCUGAAUGCAAGCCGAAGGCUAAGAUUGUUGAUAUCUGUGAGAAAGGGGAUUCUUUUAUCCGAGAGCAAGCAGGAAAUAUGUACAAGAAUGUGAAGAAAAAGAUUGAAAGGGGUGUGGCAUUCCCUACUUGCAUUUCAGUUAAUAACACAGUCUGCCAUUUUUCACCACUGGCCAGUGAUGAGACCGUGUUGGAAGAAGGUGACGUGUUAAAAAUUGAUAUGGGGUGUCACAUAGAUGGUUUUAUUGCGGUUGUUGCGCACACCCAUGUUCUUCAGCAAGGACUGGUUACCGGCAGGGCAGCUGAUGUCAUUGCUGCUGCAAAUACUGCUGCGGAGGUUGCUUUGAGGUUGGUCAGGCCGGGAAAAAAUGUAUGUUCUUGUCGGAGUUUUCCUUUUUUAAAUGAAGUUCGUUAAUUUUUUGACAAUUGA